ACAGAUCCCGUCAUCACAACCGAGAGCACGCACAGACCCCGUCAUCACAACCGGGAGCACGCACAGACCCCGUCAUCACAACCGGGAGCACGCACAGACCCCGUCAUCACAACCGGGAGCACGCACAGACCCCGUCAUCACAACCGGGAGCACGCACAGACCCCAUCAUCACAACCGGGAGCACACACAGACCCCGUCAUCACAACCAGGAGCACGCAGAGACCCGACAUUACAACCGGGAGCACACAGGCCCUGCAUCACAACAAUGAGCACACACAGACCUGGCAUCACAACCGGGAGCAUACAGGCCCUGCAUCACAACCGGGAACACACACAGACCCAACAUCACAACCGAGAGCACACACAGACCCAAUAUCACAACCGGGAGCAUACACAGACCCGACAUCACAACCAGGAGCACUCACAGACCCGACAUCACAACCAGGAGCACCCACAGACCCGACAUCACAACCA